UAGGGGGUAGAGGUCUGUGAGACUGUGAGGGGGAGGGGGGUCCCCAGCGCCCAAGCCGGAGCCAGAGACGCGGAGCCCGCGCGAGCGGCGGAGACAGGGCUCCGGAGCCACAGAUCCGGGCCCCGGCCGCCGCCAGGGGCCCCGCCCGGUCCCCCCACCCCACCCCACGUCCCUCCUGCAGCCCAGCUCCGCCCGCAGCCGCCGCGGACCAGGCCAGCACCGCCGCCAUGAUGUGCGAGGUGAUGCCCACCAUCAGCGAGGAUGGCCGGCGGGGCUCGGCGCUGGGCCCGGACGAGGCGGGCGGCGAGUUGGAGCGCCUUAUGGUCACGAUGCUCACGGAGCGCGAGCGCCUGCUGGAGACCCUGCGCGAGGCGCAGGACGGGCUGGCUACGGCACAGUUGCGGCUGCGCGAGCUGGGCCACGAGAAGGACUCGCUGCAGCGCCAGCUCAGCAUCGCUCUGCCCCAGGAGUUUGCGGCUCUGACGAAAGAGCUGAACUUAUGUCGGGAGCAGCUGCUGGAGCGGGAGGAAGAGAUUGCAGAGCUGAAGGCGGAGCGGAACAACACGCGGCUUCUCCUUGAACACCUGGAAUGCCUGGUGUCCAGGCACGAGAGGUCACUGCGCAUGACCGUGGUAAAGCGCCAGGCCCAGUCCCCGGGUGGGGUCUCUUCCGAGGUGGAGGUGCUCAAGGCUCUAAAAUCCCUCUUCGAGCAUCACAAGGCCCUGGAUGAGAAGGUCCGGGAGCGGCUGCGGAUGGCGCUGGAGCGGGUGGCGGUGCUGGAGGAGGAGUUGGAGCUAAGCAAUCAGGAGACCCUGAGCCUUCGAGAGCAGCUGUCUAGGCGCCGGUCGGGGCUGGAGGAGCCCGGCAAGGAGGGGGAUGGGCAGCCCCUUGCCAACGGCCUUGGUCCUGGCGGGGAUUCGAACCGGCGCACAGCGGAGCUGGAGGAGGCCCUGGAGAGGCAGCGUGCGGAGGUGUGCCAGCUGCGGGAGCGCCUGGCGGUGUUGUGCCGCCAGAUGAGCCAGCUGGAGGAGGAGCUGGGCACCGCCCACCGCGAGCUGGGUAAGGCCGAGGAAGCUAACGCCAAGCUCCAGCGCGACCUCAAGGAGGCGCUUGCGCAGCGGGAGGAUAUGGAGGAGCGGAUCACGACGCUGGAGAAACGCUACCUGAGUGCCCAGCGUGAGGCCACGUCGCUGCACGACGCCAAUGACAAGCUGGAGAACGAGCUGGCCAGCAAGGAGUCGCUGUACCGGCAGAGUGAAGAGAAGAGCCGUCAGCUAGCCGAGUGGCUGGACGACGCCAAGCAGAAGCUUCAGCAGACGCUGCAAAAGGCCGAGACCUUGCCUGAGAUAGAGGCCCAGCUGGCCCAGCGUGUGGCUGCGCUCAACAAAGCCGAGGAACGUCAUGGGAAUUUCGAGGAGCGGCUUCGGCAGCUGGAGGCCCAGUUGGAGGAAAAGAACCAGGAGCUGCAACGGGCCCGGCAGCGGGAGAAGAUGAACGAUGACCACAACAAGCGGCUGUCAGAGACAGUGGACAAAUUGCUGAGCGAGUCCAAUGAACGGUUACAGCUGCACCUCAAGGAGCGCAUGGGGGCGCUGGAGGAGAAGAAUUCACUGAGUGAGGAGAUCGCCAACAUGAAGAAGCUUCAGGACGAAUUGCUGCUCAACAAGGAGCAGCUCUUGGCAGAGAUGGAGCGGAUGCAGAUGGAGAUCGACCAGCUGCGGGGCAGGCCACCAUCCUCCUACUCCAGGUCUCUCCCCGGUAGUGCCCUGGAACUUCGUUACUCCCAGGCACCCACAUUACCUUCUGGUGCCCACCUGGACCCCUAUGGGGCCGGCAGUGGCCGGGCAGGCAAGAGGGGCCGCUGGUCAGGGGUCAAGGAUGAGUCCUCCAAGGAGUGGGAGCGGUCUGCCCCUGCGGGGUCCAUGCCACCCCCGUUCCCUGGGGAGCUGGAUGGCUCAGACGAAGAGGAGGCUGAGGGGAUGUUUGGAGCUGAGCUACUUUCCCCCAGCGGACAGGCCGACGUGCAGACGCUGGCCAUCAUGCUUCAAGAGCAGCUGGAAGCCAUUAACAAGGAGAUCAAGCUCAUCCAAGAGGAGAAGGAGACAACAGAACAAAGGGCUGAGGAGCUGGAGAGCCGGGUGUCUGGCUCUGGCCUGGACUCACUGGGCCGCUACCGCAGUAGCUGCUCACUGCCCCCCUCCCUCACUACCUCUACCCUUGCCAGCCCCUCCCCUCCCAGCUCUGGCCACUCAACACCCCGUCUGGCACCUCCUAGCCCUGCCCGCGAGGGCACCGACAAAGCUAAUCAUGUCCCCAAGGAGGAAGCUGGUGCUCCACGAGGGGAGGGACCAGCCAUCCCAGGAGACACCCCACCUCCCACUCCCCGCUCUGCCCGUCUUGAGAGAAUGACGCAGGCCUUGGCACUGCAAGCAGGAUCCCUGGAAGAUGGGGGGCCUUCACGGGGAAGUGAAGGCACCCCAGAUUCCCUGCACAAAGCCCCCAAGAAGAAGAGCAUCAAGUCAUCCAUAGGCCGUCUCUUUGGCAAGAAGGAGAAGGGACGAAUGGGACCACCAGGCCGGGACAGCUCUUCUCUGGCAGGAACACCCUCAGACGAGACACUGGCCACGGAUCCUCUGGGGCUAGCCAAGCUGACAGGCCCAGGAGACAAGGACCGAAGGAACAAGAGGAAGCACGAACUUCUGGAAGAGGCCUGCCGCCAGGGCCUGCCCUUCGCCGCUUGGGAUGGGCCCACCGUGGUCUCCUGGCUGGAGCUGUGGGUAGGCAUGCCUGCAUGGUAUGUGGCCGCCUGCCGGGCCAACGUCAAGAGCGGUGCCAUCAUGGCCAACCUGUCGGACACGGAGAUCCAGCGGGAGAUUGGCAUCAGCAACCCCCUGCACCGGCUCAAGCUGCGCCUCGCCAUCCAGGAAAUGGUCUCCCUCACCUCGCCCUCAGCGCCUGCCUCCUCCCGCACGUCCACAGGAAACGUGUGGAUGACACACGAGGAGAUGGAGUCCCUUACGGCAACGACCAAGCCUGAGACCAAGGAGAUCAGCUGGGAGCAGAUCCUGGCAUAUGGUGACAUGAACCACGAGUGGGUGGGCAACGACUGGCUGCCCAGCCUGGGCCUGCCCCAAUACCGAAGCUACUUCAUGGAGUCGCUGGUGGAUGCCCGCAUGUUGGAUCAUCUUAACAAGAAGGAGCUCCGGGGUCAACUCAAGAUGGUGGACAGCUUCCACAGGGUGAGUCUGCAUUAUGGGAUCAUGUGCCUGAAACGGCUCAAUUACGACCGGAAGGACUUGGAGCGGAGGCGGGAAGAGAGUCAGACCCAGAUCCGAGACGUGAUGGUGUGGUCCAAUGAGCGGGUCAUGGGUUGGGUGUCCGGACUGGGACUGAAGGAAUUCGCCACGAACCUCACGGAGAGCGGGGUGCACGGGGCGCUUCUCGCCCUGGACGAGACCUUCGACUACUCCGACCUGGCCUUGCUCCUGCAGAUCCCCACGCAGAAUGCGCAGGCCCGGCAGCUCCUGGAGAAGGAAUUCAGCAACCUCAUCUCCUUGGGCACAGACAGGCGGCUGGACGAGGACAGCGCCAAGUCCUUCAGCCGCUCCCCAUCCUGGCGGAAGAUGUUCCGAGAGAAGGACCUCCGAGGCGUAACCCCCGAUUCAGCUGAGAUGUUGCCCCCCAACUUUCGUUCGGCCGCAGCUGGGGCCUUGGGAUCUCCGGGGCUCCCUCUCCGCAAGCUGCAGCCGGAAGGCCAGACUUCUGGGAGUUCCCGGGCAGACGGCGUUUCGGUCCGGACCUAUUCCUGCUAGUGUAGGCCUCCAGGGCUGGAUCCCCAAGAUCUUCAAGAAGAAGACAUGCACGGCAUUCAUCGUUGACCCCACAGACUCGGGGUGAGGAACUCGCCCCAGGGACCGAGCCCAGAGCAUCCCCGGAGCGUCCCCGGAGCGUCCCGGCCCACCGACCCCACUCACCUACCCCCCCCCACCCCCUUGUGUCAUUGUGGACACUCCCAAGGGCGUUCCCGGUGGCGCUCUCCCUCGGGGGAGGGUUUGGGUCCCUGUGGACGCUUCCAAUUUCCCUUGCCUGGUCAGAGUCAGUGGUAAAGCCCCAGGGCUUGGUUCUGUUUC